AUGGGGUUUGAGCUGCAGCCACAACGGCGAAGGGCUGUGCUGCAAUCCUCUGCGCAGGAGGAGGCGCGGCAGUCAGACAGCAGCAUAGCGGCUCAGCGGCAACUCUUUCUGGAGCUGCGUCGACGGCGCCAGUACAAGCGGCUGAUGCAGUGCGUGAUGAACUGGCGGUCCAAGGGCUUGAUUCCAGAGCGGAGAGGCGCAGGGGCGCACGUGGACAACGCUAGCAGUGCGUCUGGAUCGGGUGGUGAGGUGCUCUUUAACGCGGAGGAGGCGCUGCGAGGACUCAUCUUCAACUCCACCGGAAACCAGUGGGAAAAGGCGCUGCGUGAGUGCCCGGAGUUCUUUGCGAUCACACUGCGGGAACCGACGGCGGCGCUGCAGUUCCUUCGAAAAACAAGCGUCGACACUCUAACGCGCUACGUCUUGUGGCUGUUGCAGGGUGGCUGCACCGCUUCGCCGCUACGGUCGCCUGCCUCGCCGCACGAGCAGGGGGUUGCGUGGGAGACCGUUGCCUCGCUGUGUUUCGCACUGCGUCCGCACAUGAUGCAGACAACCAAAGUCGUGAAGACGGACCUGCUGCAGGCCGUGCUGCGCGCGCUGCGGACGGAGGCGGCAGCGCUUGGCGCCAAGUCGGGAACACAGCGAGGCGUGAAGAGUGGCGGUGCAACUCUCAUGAAUGACACGCACUGUCAAGCAAUGCGGUCUGUUGUUGAGUGUCUUUGCGCGCCACUAACGCGCCACCACGAGGCGCAGGUCCGGUUUGUCGGACUGCCACUCUUUGCUGAGGUCGGUGUGGCGCUGUGUGACUGUGGUGUGACAAUCCCGAGUGCGCUGGCGCAGUGUGUUUUUCUAUGCCUCGGUAAUAACCAGCAAUGCCCGUGGAGUGAGCUACCGCUGCCGCCGCCGCCAGCAGCGUCAGGCCAGUCUACAGCGCUGGAGCGGGAGACGCUUAUCACGAUGCUGAAUGCCGCCCCGAGUGAGCGGUGGGUGUCGGCGUUGCGGCUGCUGCAGGUGUGCGCUGAGCGGCACAAUUUUGACGUCACGGCCGAUCAUCUCCGCACCGUCCUGAGCGGCAUGCAGAGCAUCUCUAUCAACCGCACAUGGCAGGUGGCCCUCCACGUGGCACAGUCCAUCAUGACACAGCACGAUGUCUUUCCCGACGAGCCGUCUGUGGAAAAAAUGCUGCUUAACCUCCACGCCGCAUCGUGGGAGCGCACAUUUGAGGUGCUGCAGCUGUACGAUCAGAAUCACAUUUCGCCACCUCCGCUGAUUCUGCGAGACCUGCACGUAGUGGCGAUAAAGCAUUGUUCAUGGGACGUGGUGCUGCGUGUGAUGCAGCGGAUUGAGGACGUAGGCCCACGCCAGGCCGGCUUCAUGAAUCAUCUGUAUUGUCUGCGUGCCUAUGGCUGCGCCGGGAAGUGUGAGGGGGCCACAGAUCUCUUCCGAGGCCUAAAGGACGUAAAGGGUGCAUUUUCUGGUCGCUCCGCGUAUAACGAGGUGGCGGUUGCGGUUCCUCUCCUUGGUAUGAUGGAACAGCAGCACUGGGAAUGCGCUGUGCGGUUCGUGCGGGCUAUCUUUCAGCAAUGCGGGACGGAGCUCACCAAGGAGGGCGCAGAAGUGGCGCUUGCAGCAGAGCUCCUUGCGCUUGCGCACAUUGGCGACACGAUUCGAGUGGCGGCCUUCUUGAAUAGACACAGUGGCGACUCUAGUGGAUUGAUAAAUGCGGGAGAUAACGAGGCUGACUACGACGAAGGCACGGCCCCUGAUGCGCAUGGCCGACGCGUGGAGGAAGUUACAGUACCGCCUUCGGUGACGGAGCUGCGGGCGCUCGUAAUGCGAGCGGCGCAGCUGCAGACACUCCUCGGCAUGGAGCAUUUGAAUGCACCCAUUCGGUUGGUGUUGGACCUCCUCGCUGUUGAGCCGCAGCGACGCCGUAUUACUUCUGAGCGUGACGCCGAGCUGAUCGGGCUCAGUAGGCGUGGCGGUGCGGCGCGGCCGCCACUGUACCUGCCACCGCAGCACGUGCAGCGCCAACAUGAGUGGCUGGCCACCACGCUAGGGAAAAUGGUGCGGCACGACGAGCAGCGGUUUGGUGCGGCGGCGCAGCAGGCCGUGGCGGAGGCGAUGACGCACGUGGGUGCCGGCCCGGCGUACCUCAAGGCCGCGCUGCUCUGA